AACACCGCCACCGCGUGGCCUAACAGGGUACUGCAUCAAAUGGCUGCAAGGCGUAGGAACCAUCGACCCAAACGGUGUUUCCUCUCGGAAGCUACGCCACCGAUUCUGGUAAAGACUGAGACCUCUGCAUUCAACUUUCUCUGGAAGUCAAAAACUAUGAGUAAGGAGUCCAGAAUGAGAGCUACAAUAAACCAAAAGCUGACCGAGAUGGGGGAAAGAGAGAGAUUGAAAGAGAUACUGAGGGCUCGGCUCACUGAGUGCGGCUGGAAGGACCAGAUGAAGGCUCACUGCAAAGAAGUCAUCAAAGAAAAGGGCUUGGAGCAUAUUACCGUGGAUGACCUGGUUGUAGAAAUCACUCCCAAAGGCAGAGCCUUGGUGCCAGACAGCGUAAAGAAAGACCUUCUGCACAGAAUAAGAGCCUUCUUAGCUCAGCAUGCCUCAUAAUUUAGAUUGUUUCAUUACACCACUUGUCUAUACUACCCUGAUACAGAUUUAUAUUUCUCACGAGUUCAGUGAAUUCUCAGUCAGCCACAACAUUAAAACUACCUCCUUAAUAUUCUGCUUUGACAUCAGCUCAUGGGCACAGAACCUGUCUGUCCUGUCUGACCGAGACAUUGGAAGUGGAUCAUUUUGCAGCACUGGGCCUCAGGAUUGUUCCAGCUCAUCAUGAGGACACCCAGUCCGGUUGGGACCUUGGCCAUUUUGUGGCCGGGUCAGUCAUGUUGUCAAGCUGGUCCUGAGCAGUGUUUGCAGUGAGGUAGGGUUUGUUGUCCUGCUGGGUGGGGGGGGGCUUGAUCUGUCACAAUGUGCCCAUGGUAAGUGAUGAAUACUGGCAUUUGAAGUUUCCCAGCAGAACAUGGCAAUUUAAUGAAAUGAUGGAUGUUAUAUACAUCUCGUGUGAGUGGUUUUACUGUUGUGGCUGAUCAUACAGAGUACUGAGAGAUCCAGUUGUUUCUACCAAUCCUGUGGCUCCCCUUAUCACAUUUAUGUAAAUAUACCUACCUUGCUCAUGUAGUCAUCCUUUGUACAUGAGAUGUGCUGUUUAAAUAAAGUUUUUGCUUCUUUCAA